CGUCAGUGCUGAUCAUCUUUUCGCCUGAGCCAGUUGAGGUUGGGCAACAAUCUAAUGUGCUUGCUUACUACUUGGGAUUUUACCUUACCUUACCUAACCUGCCUCCUUUUAACGCCCACCUACCCACCUACCUUAGUAUAUUCCCUCUGUUUAACAAGCAAGCAAAGCUUUGUGGCUGAUUUUCACCUUGUUUCACAUCAUCUCAAGUCAGAGAGGUUUGACAUCUAUCGCAAAUUCGCAAUACAUCCUAGCGCCAAACAGUCGAAACCCUGGUAAACUUAAAAUCCUAAAAUAUCACGAACACGGUUCAGCUUCAAUGGCACAACGCAGGCCAUAGUCUACGUACCUACCUAUCUAUCAACAUUCCAACCUCGAACUACGGCCUGACGCCUUUAGACGAGAACUCGACCUCCCUUACAAGCCAGUUCCGAGACAUCCCUUUUCCAACCCCAGCAUGCCGCCAAAUCAUGCCCUGGCGGCCGAAGCCCUCUCCAUGUCCUCCCCAACCGACUCCGACCGCACAUCAUCUCCAGAUUCUGCAAGAGGCACUUCAUGGGCGCCGCGACCGGGCAGGAUAACACCAUCGCGCCGCCUGUCCUCGCGUGUCGGACACUACACGGCCCCACCGACAUCCACGCCGGACAGCUUCCCGGCUCGCAUCCUCCAACACCUCGAGACCAUUAGCCGACAGGCCUGGAUUCUCUUCCUACGGCUGCCCAGGAUCCAACAAGCUGCCGUCGUAGUGGCCGUCGUCACCGUCCCGAUCGUCUCGAUCCUCUUCCUCAUAUACAGCCAUGCAAUCUUCACCUGGCUUGGGCCCAUCGCCAAGGCCUGGCGGAACCUGCCGGGCGGGUGGUUGAUCAUUUGGUUCAUGGCCUUCUUCAGCGCCUUCCCGCCGCUCUUUGGCUACAGCACCGCCAUGACGCUGUCGGGCAUGGUGUAUGGGUUCCCGCUGGGUUGGCCUAUCGCCGCAUCGGCCACCGUGGUGGGGUCAACAUGCGCCUUUAUUGCAAGCAGGGGUGUCUUGAGCAGAUAUGUGCACAACCUCGUUGGUAAGGACAGGAGGUUCGUCGCGCUCGGUCAGGUGCUCAGGAGGGAUGGGCUGCUGGUUCUCACGGGGGUGCGGUUCUGUCCGCUGCCGUACAGCCUGAGUAACGGGUUCUUGGCGACGAUUCCGAGCAUUACGACCGCAAACUUUGCGAUGGCUACGGCUUUUGUCAGCCCCAAACUCCUCAUCCACGUAUUCAUCGGCCACCGUUUAGGCCUCCUCAUCGAGGAAGGCGAUACCAUGUCUACCAGCGACAAGCUCAUUAACUACGCGGGGAUGGCUGCGGGAGGCCUAGUCGGCACGAUCGUGGGCCUGGUGGUGUACCGGCGCACGAUGGCGCGGGCGGCGGAGCUGGCGAGGCAGGAGAACGGAGGUGAGGACGGCAUGGGCGGGGAUGAUUACGUCGAUGGCGACGCCGAGAACUCGAGGCUCAUGUCUGCCGUGCUGGACGAAACAGAUGCGGCGGCGCUUAUGGACGACGACGAUAUAUCGCUGUGGGGGGAUCACGAUUAUGAACCGGACCAAAGACGGGUCUCGGAUGAGGAUGCCGAGACGCGAGGAAAUGGGGUCAAGACGGCCAACGGGGCUACCGACGGCAGGUGACCGGAUAGAAUUGUUGUCGUUUGAGUAUAUUUACCAUUGCAGUAUAGAGAGCGUGGAAUUUGCUAAUAUUGACACGAUUUGCUACAUAUCUAGUGUAUACAUAUGCAUUGGAGUUUUGGGUUACAGAAGGUUUCUUUAAUUGGCUGCGGGUUCCGGGUUUUUGAACCCAACUGUUUUGUACCCAGGUACCUACAGGUAUCUUGGGUGUCUGCUGUCGCUGCGCAUCUAGCCG